UUUCCUUUUCAUUCACCGACGCCUCCUCAGCCAUAAUAGUCAUCAUCUCUGGCCUCUACUCAUUCUAUAAUAUAGAGUAGAGAGAGGGAGCGAGGGACUGACUGGUCGGUGGAUCUGAAGGAGACAUCGGCGGGCGGUGAAUAAAGAAAGACGAGAUGUCGUCUGGAAGGUACAUGGCUUACUCGCCCUCUCCCUCUGCCCCUCACUCUCCUCACAUCGGCCCCGCCGCCGCCAGUGGUCUACGCUCCGCCGCCUCCGCCCUUGCUGAGCAGGAAAAGUAUUUAUCCGAGUUACUUGCGGAAAGGCAUAAGCUUAAUCCGUUUAUGCCAGUGCUGCCCCAUAGUUAUCGACUGUUGAAUCAGGAAAUAUUGCGUGUAACCACACUCUUGGGGAAUGCAUCAGUUUUAGAUCAAAGUGGGCUUGAACAUGCUAGCCCCCUGGCUUCAGGAGGAAUAUAUUCACAUGGAGGAGCUAAUGUGAACAGAUGGGCAUCACCAUUUCAAUCCGAAAUAUCAGGUCUGAUGCAGCCACCAUCUGCACAAAAUUGGUUAGGUUCUCAAGCAAGCUCAUCAGGUCUUAUAGUGAAACGCACAAUCAGGGUUGACAUUCCAGUGGAACAGUAUCCUAAUUUUAAUUUUGUUGGACGCCUCCUUGGUCCUAGAGGGAACUCUCUCAAGAGAGUUGAAGCCAAUACUGACUGUCGUGUUCUCAUUCGAGGCCGUGGCAGCAUUAAGGACCCAACAAAGGAAGACAUGAUGAGAGGCAAACCAGGAUAUGAACAUCUAAAUGAACCACUUCACAUACUAGUUGAAGCAGAAUUGCCAGUUGAGGUAAUCGACGCUCGUCUGAUGCAAGCACGUGAGAUACUUGAGGAUUUGCUGAAGCCUGUGAUUGGGAUAUCCAAUGAUGAAGCAUUCUGUCCUCUUCAAAUGCAGGAUGAAUCUCAGGACUUCUAUAAAAAGCAGCAGUUACGAGAACUCGCCAUGAUUAAUGGCACUCUUCGUGAAGAAGGUUCCCAAAUGUCUGGAUCUGUGUCCCCUUUCCAUAACAGCCUUGGGAUGAAGAGGGCCAAAACGAGGGGGUAAUCCAUCCCUUUUGGUGAUUGGCUUUUGGAGCUUGUGUGUUGAUCUCUCCAGUGAAUAGCAGUUCCGCAUGCAAAGGUAUUGCUGGGUCAGCAGAUCCUUCCAAAUGCCAUCGGGGCACUGGUGCUACUCUGCCGGUUCUAACUUGUUUCUAUAUGAUAUGAAGUGUGUUUCAUACUACUUGGAAGAUAAAUAGCAAGAGUAUAACAUAGUAACAGACCUUAGGGGUCUGAGGGUUUGCUUAUGAACACUUUCCUUGCUUGGUGGAGCAUUUGCUUUACAAUGCUAUUCUUGUGCUAUAGUCUCUCUCAUUGUAAGAGUGUGAUGGAAGUUUUGAUAACAUGGGGAUUCUUGUAAGACAUGUAAAAAGGUCACCAUUGCUGUCAGACGUAUGUACAAUAAGUGUAGGAUUGCUUCUUUAGUUCUGUUGAGGCAUUCUUUUGGAAGUGAUUUUAUGAGUUGUAUGCUUCAAUGACCUCUUCCAUAUUCUCGGCUUGUUCUUUUAGCUUA